AUGAUUAAAACUAUGCAUAGUAUUGUUCAUACAAAUCAUAAUGAAUAUAAGAGAUUAUUCGUUUUAAGUAAUAAUAAUAUUUAUACUAGAAGUCAUUUUUCAAAUAAAUUCAUUAAAGAAGAACAAAUUGAAGAAGAAGAAGAAGAAGAAGAAGAAGAAUCAAUUGAACUACCGGAACAUAUUCAACAAGAUAAUGAUUCUUUGAAUGCUUUCAAUGUGUCAAAGAUCUUCUCUAAUGAAACAAGUACCAAUUCAUCAUUAGCAUCAUUAUCAUCUGAAACACGAAAUAAAUCGAAAACAAAACAAGCUACAAAUCGUCGUAAAGUAUUUCGCAAACAUUCAAGCUUUAUAGAUAUGGGAUUUAGUGGAAGCUAUUUUAUUUGUUCUAAUGCUAAUUCAUUACAUCUUCCAAAUAUAUUCUAUAAUAUUUACGCUUUAAUAUUAAAUGAAAUACAUGAGUUAAAUAGACAAACGAAUGAUAAUCCAUCCAUUGAGAAAAUAUUCUCCAAAGUCAAAGAAGCUGAACAAAUUAAUUUAUUGAAUAAUGAAAAGAUUAAAGUAGAACCUGAUCAAUUAAUUGUCGCUCCAAUGAGAUUUAGUCGUCUAAGACGUUAUUUUAGACAUCAAAAACGUAUGAUGAGAGCACAACUUAGAAUGAUGAGACUUCAAAGAAGAUUGUACCGUCGACAUUAUCGUCCUCGAUAUGGAUAUGGUUAUUUUCCAUAAUCAUAAGGUUGAAUCAUUUAAACACCCACUUAUCGAUUUUUUUAUUGAUUAAAACGAUGAACUUUCUGAGUGUUUAUCAAUCAAAGUGGUGAGUUAUAUUAAUGAACUUCGUUCUAUUACAAAUUUAUUUCUUGUAUGAAAACUGUCAAAGGAAAUUUCACAUUUACAUUACUCUAUGAAAUAUGAUAUGACAACCUUUUUAAUUAUCCCUAUUUAAUUGUUUCUAUGUAUUCAUGAAUUUACUUGAAUAAAUCUUAAUAAGUUGUCAUGGCUUUAUUUUAAUCA